CCUGUCAUGGAUGCUCUGAAAAGAAAAAACAAGUGGACAUUUGAUGUCAAUGUUCCUAUCAACUUUGUCAAUAAAGUUUGUAAGUGGUGUAUCUGAGACGUUCUGGAAGUUUCUCCUGUUUGUGGAUUUGGCCGUUUGGCGAAUAUUUCAAAGAAUUUGGAUAACUUCAUUUCUGCCACGAUGAUUCCUCUCUCAAAGCAAAGUUGUCUCACACUGUCCUGCAAUUCCCCCUGGGAGAAGAGGAGCGCCUGCCUUCUCCGUCCGAUGCACAUCCUGCUGAGUCCGUUAGGAGUGGUUCAGCUGGAGCGCCGGGCCCUGAAUGAUCCGCCAUCUCCAUGACAACUUGCCCUACCAACAUGACUGUACCCAUGAGCUCCACCUGAGCUAGAGGACGCCGCCAGCCCCCCCCUUUCCCGCCUCCCCUUCGCCCUGCUGGAUUUACUUUUUUAUAUAGAUUUUUGGGAACUUUUCUUCCACCAUGCAGUGGGAAUUUGGACUUGUGCUCCUUUUCGUCCUCACUCCGCAAGCCGCUAGAAUUAAAGGGGCCGGCGUCAGGCUGGACUCGGGGGCCGUUGGCCCCGUGCGUUUGGUGGAGCGGCUGAAGACGUCACGCUCACAAACAGAAGGUUCGGGGUUGGAAGUGGAAAGACGGCGACCCAAGAGGUCUGUGUUUUUACACUCCGGAGUGAGAAUCUGCCCCCAAGAGACCAUCAAUGAAGUGCUCGCCAGCCACCAGGCGUAUUACCAGCUUAGAGUUUGUCAGGAGGCCGUGUGGGAGGCGUUCAGGAUCUUCUUCGACAGGAUCCCCGGGACGGCGGAGUACCAGAGAUGGGUUCACACGUGUCAACACGAGUCACUCUGCAUCUCCGACCUCACCAAAAACUUCAGCAGCUCCGAGGAGCACAUAGGCAUGAUUCACAGGAAGGUGAACCGGAUGAGAGACAGGAGGCCUCCGUCACGCGGAGUGGUGACUCCUGCACCAGCACCGGAGAUCCCUGAGAAAGCAGGUGCAGAGGUUCAGACUGUCACUCCACCUGCCGCCCCAGCAAUUCCCAGCCCUGUGAGUGUCUCUCCAAGCCCCGGCCUCGAGCAGACACAUCCAAUCGAGGAGGACUUGGAGCUUCCCAACGUGGUCCCAGAGAAUCCCGUGGAGCAGAUGGUGGACUUCAGCAUUGACCUGGUGGAUCCAGGUUACAGAGAGCUGCUGGAUGAUCCAGACUCCCCUCAGUACAUCGACCUGGCUCACCACCUGCAAGACCAGAUGCAGCAUGUUUUUGACAAACUUCCGGGAUUUAAAGCCAUCCGUGUGCUGGGCAUCAGCGAGACGCAGGACACUGAUGGGCCCGGAGGAAUCUCGGUGCACUACUCUCUCGUCUUUGAGAUUAAUGCACCUAAAAUAAAAUCAGAGAAUUCAGAGACGGCGACCGGCACCCCGGAGACUUCAGUCAGCUCCGACCUCAGGGAAAUGGUCGCCAAGGCUUUACGUGAGGAGGCCUCGCUGCCGAUCGAUCUGGAAUCGCUUAACUUCAAACCAGAAGCAAUCCUCCUGCCAGCACUGACAGCAACCUCUACAGUAGAAGUAGCGAACGAGUCCAGUGAGCCCGAUUCACACAACGAGUUUGAAGUUUCCAUUGAGCCAGAAGUUGAUAAACCACGGCUGGAGGUCCCGCUCACGCCCAUGGAGAAGGAAAACGCCCUCAUCACCCUGCUGGAUCCCACGGCUGUCCCAACUGACGGUAUUACUGAAGAGUCAGAGGAAAUGUAUGUGGGUGAGCUCGAGCCAUUAAAUGAAGACGAGGAAGAAGAAGUGCUGAUCAUUACACAUGAGAUUGAAACCAUUCAUCACGACGAAACUGGGAAACUCGUGAGAGACUACAUCCCGACCCCUUCUGUGGUUCUGGAGCUGGAGACUGACGCUCCAUACAUCAGUCUGUCUCCUAACUUGAUAUCAGAGGAAGACCUGACUCCCAUUGAUGAUGACAGUAAGAAUCCCAUUUUGGAUGCUGUCACCCCCACCACACAGAUAUUAUUAACUACAGCUCCCGCUCGAGAGGAAGUGUUCGAUGCGGCACUCCCAAUCACAACACCUUCAGGCAUCACGGGCCAGCCGCCCACUGAACCUAUAGUAACACUUCUAGAAGACGAAGAAGGUAAUGCUCUCCCGGAUGAGGAAGGUCCUGGACCUUAUGAUCCUGGUGAGGCUUCGGAAACAGAGCAUGUUUCAGAGUUGGAAACUGAAUUGUUAGAACCAGAGGGAGAGUCAGUGGUGGUACCUGAACAAAUUGAACCAGAGGAAGGGAAUUUGGAGGUGUCAAAACCUGAGAUAGAAGUAGCUGAAGAGGAAGAAGUAGCUGAAGUUCCAGGGCCAGAGGAAGUAGUUGAAGAAGAAGAAGUAGAAGUUGAAGUUUCAGAGCCAGAGGAAGAAGUAGUUGAAGAGGAAGAAGUAGCUGAAGUUCCAGGGCCAGAGGAAGAAGUAGUUGAAGUUUCAGAGCCAGAGGGAGAAGUAGUUGAAGAAGAAGAAGUAGUUAAAGUUUUGGAGCCAGAGGAAGAAGUAGUUGAAGUUUUGGAGCCAGAGGAAGAAGUAGUCAACGUUUUGGAGCCAGAGAAAGAAGUUGUCGACGUUUCAGAGCCAGAGGAAGAGUUUGAACUUGUUGGGGACGUAGAUGAGGUUUCGGAACAAGAAGAAGAGAUGGUUGAGCCAGCCGGAUCAGAAGAAACAAUACCUGAAGUUUCCAAAGACAUUAUACCUGAAGUUUCUGAACAGGAAGAAAAGGUGGUUGAGAAGGAAGUUGUAGAGAUCUCUGAAGUAGAAACAGAAGUUGUCGAAACUCCAGCGCCAGGCAAAGGUGUAGUUGAAGUGUUAGAACCAGCAUCUGAACCAGAACAGGAAGAUCAUGGAACUGAAGUGACAGAAACAGGACAUGAGGUAGUUGAGACUGCAGAAUCAGAGGAGGAGCCAGAACCAAGUGAAGAACUGGUAGAGGUUGUAGAGAUCUUACCAAAACCAGAACCAGGGGAAGAGUCAGUAGAAGAAGCAGAUGUACUACAACCAGAUGAGGAUGUAGUUGAGGAUGUAAAACCAGAGCUGGAAGUAGUUCCACUACCACAGGAAGAGCCUGAGGACAUUUCAGAACCGCAACUACUACCAGAAGCCGAAGAAGAGGCAGCUGAUGUUUUUAAAGAAGAACAAGAGGAGGUUGUUGAGAAUCCAAAGGAGGAAACAGAACCAGGGGAAGGCACAGAUCUUGUUUUACCACCGGCAGAAGAGUUACCCGGGGUUUCAGAAAUAGAAGAAGAAGGAGUGGGAGGAGAUGAUGUCCCAGAACCAAAUUCAGAGGAGGGUAUAGUUGAGAUUUCAGAACCAGAACCAGAGGUUACUGAGCUGCCAGCUGAAUCAAUUAAAAUCCUUCACCCGGACAGCCCGGACAAUCUUCACUUUGGAGAGGAUAUUUUUCAGAUUGUUGAAGAUAACGAGUUCCUUCCACCAGUUGGACCGAACUAUCCCCAGCCACAUGAGGGAGAUGACUUACCCAUCUUACCGAUAGACAUCCAACCUACUGGAGAAGAUGAAGGUGAACCUGACCAUGAAUAUCCUGUCAUCGGUGACUUUUACACGGAGGAGGAUGUUGAUGGCGUAGACACACAAGUGGAGAGUGACACUGGUGCUGCCACACUGACAGAAACAUCAGAGAGCAAUCUACAGUUUGAAACAAUCUCUGAUAUUGCAGAGUCGACAGCUGCAGACAACCACAACACAUCAGAGGGUCCUGAAGUCACAGAAGAUGAGCCGAAGGAGACGCAAGAAAGUGAUUCAUCCCCAGAAAGAGACAUCAGUGUAACGGCAGCUCCGGUUUCAGACUUUUUCCCCACACCUCUGACAACUGAAAUUGCACCCAGCCUGACCGUAGACUCUGGCAUCUUUGAGGUAGAAGAGCAAUCUGUAAUUCCCUCUACACUUGAGUCUUCAGAGGACAAUGGCGCAGCACCAGAGGCAGAGUCGGAACCAGCUGUUGUCAUUAUCGAUGAAGACCUGGAAGACGCAGUACCAAAAGAAAGUGAAGGCCAAACAAUCCCAGCGACAGCUGCCGAAGACGUCACGGAUGAGACUGUGAAGGACCUGGCGGUGGAGCUGGACCAAACGGACGUAGCAGCCACAGAGUCAAACGAGCUGCCGGAUGAGGGGAGCGGAUUCCUACCUGUGGGGGAGGAAGGCACCGCUGUCAGCGUCACAGCCCCGCCUCCAGUCAGAUACCUGACCACGCCUUCCAUGACCACGGCCGGCCAAGGCAGGGAGCUGGUGGUGUUCUUCAGCCUGCGCGUCACCAACAUGGACUUCUCUGCGGACCUCUUCAACAAAACGUCUCCAGAGUACAGAUCGCUGGAGAACACUUUCUUAGAUGUGCUGAUGCCGUUCUUGCAGGCAAACCUGACGGGCUUCAAGAAACUGGAGAUUCUUAACUUCAGGAAGGGCAGCGUGGUCGUCAACAGCAGGAUGAAGUUUGCCAAGUCGGUGCCGUACAACAUCACCAGCGCCGUGCACUGCGCCCUGGAGGAGUUCUGCUUCGCCGCCUCCCAGAACCUGCACAUCGAGAUCGACACCCACUCUCUGGAUGUUGAACCAGCUGAUCAGGCUGAUGCCUGCAAGUUCCUGGCCUGCGAAGAGUUCUCUCGCUGCAUGGUGAACGGCCGGACGAAGGAGGCUCAGUGUCUGUGCGAGCCGGGCUUCCUGUCGGUGGACGGCCUGCCCUGUCAGAGUCUGUGUGUCCUGCAGCCCGACUACUGCCAAGGAGGCGACUGUCACAUUGUCCCUGGACACGGAGCCGUGUGCAGAUACCAAGACAGCUACUCCCUCCCGGGCAUUGCCAGUUAAGAAAAAGAAUGGGAUUGGACGUCACCAGAGAAUACCACAAAAGACUCGAUGAAAUAGAAUUCGUCAGCAGGAACUCGGGACUCAUCACAACCUCACAGUUAGAAAUCAAAAGCUGAAGAGCUUUCAGGACAAAGUGUUUGCCUCCAAAGAGGACAUUCUUCCUUCUGUGCUAUCAGACAUUUAGGCCACUUUGGAAACUGCCGGACAGCCGCCGUCAUCGUCGCUGAAGAGGAUCUCAGCACAUGACUCUGCAGCCUCGAUCAUUGAUCGCUCUGGACUGUUUUUGUUUACGUCUGCUGACUCUUUUGUGUUUGUGUAGUAAAUAGGUGGUUAAAAAUACACAAGAUCUAGCAUGCUAACAUGAGAUCAUCUGAAAGCUCUCAAAUACGGAAACAGAAAAAUGAACCUCGCAUCAGGGAUCUGCUUUAUUUUUUCAUUUAGGUCUGUAAACACUGUCAGAACUGGACGUUCUCAUCCUUUCACAGCUUAAUACAAACAUUCUUUACCCUGUUGUACACCUGAACCUCUUAUAUACUGGGACUGAAGAUGAGGAUCACUGUUGAUGUGUUGCCAGAGUAACAAAGAGGAAUAUGCAGCUGAUUUCAUUGCAAUCUUAAUCAGUGGUUACCAACCCCCCCUUUUUUUUAAGCUUCAGACCCCUUAAAAAUCAAGCAGUAUUUAUUUUGAGCCCACUCCUGGACUCAAGGUUAUAGUUUUGAGCACCAAAAAGUGAAUUUUUCUUUCUCAAAUUGUUUGUUGUGAAAGAUUUUUUAAGGCCUAACAAGGUGAAAUAAUCCAGUAUUUCUAAAGGAAAAAGUGAAAAACUAGAAAAGCUGUUUGUCUUUAUUGGUGCUUUGAGCUAUAUGCUUACGUUUUGCAGGAAUGUUUACCACGUUUUAUCAUCAUCUUAGUGUAGCUUGUUAGCAUGCUAACAAUGAAUUUUGUGGGCAAAUGCAGCCAGUUUUUGAGUUGUAGAUCUGUAAUAUCACCAUAUUCCCUUGUACAGUUCAUGUAAAUAGACAUAACAUCUACUUUUGGAGGGGAAAAAAACUAACUUUUUCUUAUUUGAAGUGUUAAAUUGUCAUCUACAUGUUUUACAAUCAAUAGUUGAAAAUACAAACUGUGUUGGAUAAGAGACCCUAUUUUCUU